GCCAUCCCUCAUUCAUUUCAUGGCAUGGCGGCCUCAGGAUAUACGUGAUAAAAAGUGCUUCUUAAAGUUUCUUUAGUUGUUAUUAUUAAAAACUCUCGUUAAUUUUUCCGUUCGUUACCGAAUCAAAAGUGUUUCCGUUCUUCCGCCCGCCCCCUCUUCCCCGCGCAAAAUGCUCCAGUGUUAAAAUAAUGUGUUGUGUUUAUGUUUUCCGUACAAAAAUAACAUUCGGAUUUUCACUCCGCUCGCAAAAGUUCCCAUGAUGAAGCAGAGACCUCCACGCCCCUCGCAGAGCGCCGUCAAGAUCAUCAAUCGGAAGGAGGGCUUGUGCCGGAGGCCCCUGUCAAUAUGAACGACCGAGAAAAGGCCCGGUCCAGUGGCAACAAGCACAUCUAUGAAGGUGCUUUCGAUUACACGUUGCCCCGACCCCCCGCACUGGGAGAGGAGAGAGCCGUCAGUACUUCAGAGCAGCGGGGGGCUCAGCCACACCAGAUGGACCGAUCCAGGCACCACCUACAGAAGUCUUCCUCUCCAGUUCCAAAAUCAGGUUACGAAAUCGACAGGCCUAAUUCGCGGCCUUCUUCGAGCCACGACAAACCCCAAACGUCGACCCCGGCCUACUUCACGUGGGCGGAAUCGCUUCACCACCUCCUGCAGGACCCGGACGGGGUUAAACUCUUUCAGAAGUACCUCGAAAGCGAAGGCCCGGAGCACGCGAACCCCCUCCAGUUCUGGUUCGUGUGCGAAGGGCUGAAGAAGCACCACGACCAAGACAGCAUACAGAAGCUGGUGAAGUGUAUAUACAAGAGGUAUUUUCUGAAAUAUGCUCUUCCGAUCGACGACGAACUCAGAAAGCAAAUAAUGAAAAAACUGAAAUCGCCCCAGUGCCUUGAACCCCCGAUCACGCUUUUCGAUGAGGCUCAGGCGCAAAUCGAAUCUUUAAUAAGCAAAACUACUUAUCCGAACUUCCUUAAGAGUGAUGUGUACCUGCAAUAUAUACAGUCUGUUGAAAAUCCAAAUAGCGGUAGUGACGAAUUCAGCAGCGAAUCGAGCGCUUCCAGCAGUCCAGGCAACAAAGACGUCGGAAACAUGGCAAGCGGGGGCCCUCUACCCACACUGCACGAAGGCUUGGAAUUUAGCAUGCACGCCCAGCCGCAGAUGCUUCUGACUCCAGGAACGGGAAGCGUCAGUACGGGUUACCACACCCCUACGCCUCGUCUCACCAAAGAUAUGUUGCUAAGGUCUCAGAAACACCGCGCUCUGGACAUUCGUCCGAAGUCGGAGGCUUUCGCCGGUUUGAUAUACCGAAGCAACGGAGUUCACAUCGCAUACAAUUCGUUCAACCCGGUGUCCAGGCAAGAUAGCGAAAUGCAGUCACUUAGUAGUCAUUCAGAUGCGAGGACCGAACCGGACUGUAUGUCCCUACAAGAGAGUAAUAUCAGCGACGCUAGAUCGGGCCGUUCCCAAGAAAAGCAAAUCCGCCAGCUCGCCGCCCGUAACAAAGAGACCAACAUGAACCACUCCUUCAUCCCGCGCACCCUACGAAAGAACUGGGAAGGGAAGGGCCACACGCCCGUUAACGCCGAAGAGCGGGCCGCCCACGCCGCCAUCAUCAUCGAAAAGCUCGAACAACUGAAACGAGAGCAAGAAAGCGAAGAUCUGCUCCACAAGAGACUGAAAGAGGGCGACUCGCUCAGCUCGCUCGACGACAAGCCCGCCGCCGCCGUCCAGAGCCGCGACCUGGAGGCGGCCAUGCGCGAGAAGCUCCAGUUCCAGGACGACAGCGACCAGGACAUCCUCGACGAGCACGUGUCGCGCGUGUUCUCCGACCACUCGUCGCAGGGCCUCGUCAGCCCGAAGCCGACGACGCCGCCGCCGCGCGGUCCCUGGGGCCAGGCGCGCCGCCGCCGCGAUCGCGACCUCUUCUCGACCUUCAGCGGCGACUCGGGCAACGUGCACGACUUCGCCGAGGACGUGGAGCGCAAGUCGCUGCCGAAGUCGAAGAGCAUCCCCGAGCACGGAGAGGAGAGAUUCGCGCGGGCGGCGUCCUGCAGGCGCUCGACGAAGGAGGAGAUGCCAGACAGCGGCAUCUCGGUGGUGUCGGAGGGCGUGCCCACGAAGGACAACCGCGUCAUCUCGUGGCUGCGCGAGUCGGAGAGGAGCGGCAAGGUCGGGAGCGGGCACGCCUACAGCGAGAUGGCGGUGCGGGAGGGCGUGAGCCGGAAGCACAAGAGGUACGGCUCGAGGAGCAACUCGUUGGAGAGGACGAGCGUGGGGCCGGCGCAGCCGUUCAUCGCCGACCCCAGCAUGCCGCCGCUGCCGUCCCCGAACACGGACCUGCAGCUGGAGGAGAUCAGGAGGAGGCUGACGGAGGAUGAUGGCCGGACGAGGUCGAAACAGAGAUCGUCGAGUAAGCACUAUCCCGAGUUGGCCCAGAGCGGGCAGUCCACGUUGAGGAAGUCCAUGCGGGGGCAGCGGCCGAGUUUGAGCACGGAGGAGAUGACGACGGCCGUUUUCUCCUUCGACGACGAGCAGCUCCCUUACAGGAGUAAGAUCCCGGGGAGUCAGAUCACGCUGAGACAGUUCAAGGAUUACUUGCCGAAGAAGGGGAACUAUAGAUUUUUCUUUAAGACGCUGUGCGAAGAUCUUUGCAAUCAGGUGACUCACGAGGAAGUAAGCAACGACAAUGAAAUUCUUCCACUGUGGGAGGGGAAAAUAAUCGCGCAGAUGAAACCGAUUGACUGAGUUUUACGUUAAGUAAACGUAAGGAAUAAAUUUGUAAUUUAUUUUUGUUGUUAAUAUUGUUCCGAUUGGUUCGAUUUUAAAACCGACAAGAACAAAGGGGAUCGAAAUUUUGAAAUGGUUUUGAAUUUUUCGUUUAAGGAAAUCGUGCGUUUUUGUCGGUUUUUCUCAUCUAUUUUUUACACUGCCACGGUUUGUUUGGUUGUUUUACGAGAAAAGUAAAACAAAUAAAAUAAAAAAAUGCACAUAAAAUAAUAACUGUAUAGUGCUUUAAACAUAGUAAUAAGAUGCCUACUUCGGGACUAUAAUUUUUUAACGAGGAAUUACCGACAGAGUCGCUCUAAUUUGUAAAUAUUCGUAGUGACUUUGUUUUCUUUUUCGUACGCAAUAGGUGCAUAAGACAAGUGCCUUUUUUGAGAUGUUCUUAAUUUUAAACUUUCGAGUCAUUUCUUCCUUUUUCUCUUGAGUAAUAAUCGUAGACAAUCAGAUCGGGAAAAAUAGGCAGCUGAUUGCUAUUUUUACUUCUAAUCUUAAGUUUUAACGGUUAUAAAUUAGGAAUAGUUCUUCAUAUACCUCAUUUCUUUGUUUCUGUUGUAGAAUAAUUAAUUCAGACUUCUGUGGAUUUGUUUACUUAAAUUAUGUGUAACUUAGAACUGAAUUUUAUAUUAAUUAAUUCAUGUAUUUUUUCGACAAGAGGAUUCGAUUCAAACAAUAUAACUAUUAAUUUUGCCGAGUUUUAUUUACUUCGCUCGAUACUGACAGUAUUUUUUUAUAAGUACAAGGUGCCAUAAUCCAGGUUUUCUUUCUCGCAUGUGCAGGUGGUGUAGCGCUACGAAUUUUUCACGUUUACAACAGAUUUAGUACUUGUGUAUAUUAAUUUAGCGAAGUUUUGUAAGGAAACUCAUCUCAUGUUGUUACAAAUACAAUAGUUUUUCUA